AUGUUAACAAGCGGACCAUUAACAUUUUUAGGGCGCUGUUAUACGGACAGUUGUGCACAACAACAAGCAUUUAUAGCUCUUAAAACGCAUAUUCUCAAUGCAGCGCAAUUAGCACAUUAUCAGGAAGAUUUACCGUUGGUUCUAGCUACAGAUGCCUCCUCCUAUGGCAUAGGAGUUGUGCUCUCGCAUACGUACUUUGACGGUACAGAAAGGCCUAUUGCUUUUGCAUCUAAAACUCUCGACAUUCAUCAACGACGAUAUAGUCAGAUAGAGAAGGAAGGGCUAGCUAUCGUUUUUGGAGUCAAGCGUUUCCAUCAAUAUUUAUACGGAAGAAGAUUCACCUUGGUUACUGACCACAAACCUCUUGUUAGCAUUUUAAAUCCAAUUCAUCAGUUGCCGUCGAUGACGUCACAUCGUUUACAGCGAUGGGCUAUUAUACUAAUGGCUUAUCAGUAUGAUGUUCGGUAUCGUAAAACUACUGAGCAUGGAAAUGCCGAUGCUUUAUCUCGUUUACCUGUUGGUGAAGAUAAAACUUUUGAUCAUGAAGAAUCCUGUUUCAACAUCAAUGAACUUAACACACCUAUCGACGCUGAAAUAAUUCGUCAGCAUGCCAAAAAUGACCCAAUUCUUCGCCGAGUUUAUUUUCUCGUUACAAACGGUUGGCCUGAAAAGCUAAUGCCUCAAGAUACGGAGUACAACCGGGUUGUCAUUCCAGCCUCCCUUAAGCAGAAAAUGCUUAAACUUCUUCAUGAUGGUCAUUGGGGAGUAUCGAGAAUGAAACAGCUAGCUCGACAACAUGUCUGGUGGACUAAUAUUGACAAAGACAUCGCACAAUUAACUGAAAAUUGUGAUGUGUGCAAAAUUGCAAAUCCUGUUCACGCACGUGAAUACGUAAGCUGGCCUAAAGCUGAUCGACCUUGGGAGAGAGUACAUAUCGACUUUGCUGGUCCAUUUUGUAAUUCAAUGUGGCUAAUUUGUGUCGACGCUUUCUCACAAUUUCCGUUCGUUGUACAACUAUCUACAACAACAACGGUUGACACCAUAUCAGCAUUGUCUUCUAUAUUUUCUCUGGAAGGUAUACCAGAAACCAUCGUAAGUGACAAUGGUCCGCAAUUUACAGCUGAAGCAUUCAAACAGUUUUGCUCAAAACUUGGCAUCAAACAUAUAACAACAGCGCCGUUUCAUCCAGCCUCAAACGGGUUAGCCGAACGAUUCGUCAGAUCUUUUAAAACUGCUGUUCAGAAAAACAUUGACGAUGGAUUGUCUCUCAAAUUCGCUGUAUCAAAAUAUCUUGCAACAUAUCGUGCAAUGCCGAAUGCUGAGGGUAAAUCACCUGCAGAACUUUUACAUGGAAGGCCUGUUCGUACCUUGUUGAGUCAACUGUUUGAAUCGCCUAGAAAGCACCUUGAAGCUUCGAAACGGAAAAUGAAAUUCAGUCUAAAGCAACCCGUCUUCGCUCGAAACUACGCAAGAGGGGAAAAAUGGAUAAAAGGAGUUAUUGUGAAACAACUUGGUAAAAUGGUUUACCGAGUGAACACAUCUUUUGGUUACAUCAAACGUCACGUUAAUCAGCUUAAAACUAGAAGUAGCUCUGACCUCUCUUCACAACCAAUUUUUGAAUUCACUCCAAAUUUCAUCAAUGCCACACCGCCUUCAUCUAGCCAAUCAACAUUAAUGCCUAGUGAAGAACGUUCUACCGAAGUAGUUCAACUUCGAAAAAGUGGUCGUAUUCGGAAGGAUAAUGUGUUUAUCUUCUUUCAGUGCGGCAUGCGCCAUCCCAAUACUGGUCUAAGUGAAGGCGACUUGAGUCGUCUGACUGGUUCAUCUUCAUCAUCAGCAUCUUCAGUGAGUAGUAGUUCAUCAUCAUCAUCUUCAUCUGAGGAAAAUACGCCUGCACAUAAAGAUAGCAGCACAACGGAAAAAUUACAUCAUAAGCUUCAAGAACUUCACGAACAACAGCUUCAUCAAUCACAAACAAGUCCUGAAAAAAUAUCAACAGCACUUUCAACACAUAAUCUUAAUAAUAAUAACAAUAAGAAUUCACUUAACACACAACAGCAACAAAUUUUGACAUCAACACGUUUUAGUUCCACAUAUUUACCAGAAAUUAUUAAUCCAUCAGAAUGGCAAAAAUCGCGAAAGCGCAAGGAACGCCUUGACAGCACAUCCUCGGCAACACAGGAUCGCAAGUUACAGCGUUCAAACAGUGAGGAACUUCUACCACCAGACCUCAAUAAAUCCAUCGAUGCAGAUAAUAUUGAUAAAACUGCAGACGGUGAUGUUGGCAGAAAUUUAACUAUAAAAAAAUCGACUGACGUAAUACGUCGUGUGUCUUCAGAAGAUUUUAAAAAGUCGCCAUAUGUAGUACAAGAAAUUGAACCGAAAGAUAACAAAACAACACAAGAGAAUAGCAAAGUUGGCAAUGAAAAUGAUGCUUCACUGGCUAAUCGCCAGAAAAUUCAACAACAACAACAACAACAGCAACAACAAGGCAAUGAAGCACUACCACCAAACUAUACAGAUAAGUGGGGAGUUAGUGGUCCUACGAAGGAUAUGACACGCCGUUCACGGUAUGAGACUAGCCCAGCACGCUCACAUCGUCACUCACCCAUGCGCGCUACUAGUGGAAAUGGUAAUGGCAAUGGCAAUGGCAGUGCCAAUGGUAGACAUCGCGAUAGCGAUGAUAGCGAAUGUGAGCAUGAAAGACGUCGCAGUAGCGAACGUUUCUGCAAGACACGCGCACCACCCGGUCGCAAAGCAGCUGGUGUAACUAAGAAGAGUAGCGGCAUGACAGGAAACAAUGUCAUCAAAUAUAUGCCAGCAAAGAGAAACGAUGAAAAUGUUUACAAAUAUGAUCUCUCCGCCUUGAAAUACGAACGUCGCGGUUUUGUCAGCAAGAAAGUCAGUGCAAAUACUACACCAACAGCUGAAAAACCCAGUGGUAACGAUCACAAUGACAAUAAUUUAAUUGAUUUCCACAAACACGCAAAGGCUAAUACGCCAAUUUCACCAACACCCUCUUCCACUGGUGGCAGUAGCGAUGAUAAUAGCAGUUGUACUGUUAUUCCAAGCACUAAGACGGUCACUGCUACUAAGCUACCAGUUUUUUCUGAACAAGAAGUAUUACCUUGGGAACGUUCAGUACCUGAUGAUCAAGCACCAGUAUUAAGCCGACGUUAUGCAGCUGUACAUCACUAUCCCCACAACGCAGAUAACAUUGAUACAGCAGCUACAUUGGCAAAGGUAAUGCCUUAUCCACAGCAACACAAGCAACAGAGCGCCGCACACCUCUAUGCAGGCGAUAUGGAUGAUAUGGAACCGAUUGAUACUUUUCGAGCUUUCACUUCGUUGGGAAAUGUGCGUACACGCGAUGUCAUACAACAGGUAUUGCCGGUUAUGAGAGCUUUUCAAUCACCUGAAGAACGUCUUAAGCAAAUCAAUAAACGUAUGACUGCACUUAAAAAGAAAUUAACACAAUUAGAGGAAGCUUUUGAGGCACGCUCGGGUUAUAGACCUUCGCAGGCGGAACGUCUUAAUGACAAGUAUAUGAAAAACAUUUUAGCUGAGCUGAGUAAAUUGCGCAAAGAGAGGCAAGAGCUGAAGAACGAUGCAGCUAGUUGUGCGCUGGGCUUGAAAGUAAGCGGUGGCAUGGAUGCUACUAAAAAGUUGGAGAAAAUGAAAUUGACGCUACAAGAAAUUGAACAGAAUCUUAGUGAUAAACAACAUGAUGCUAAUCGCUCCAACGUACUUGACGAACUAACACCAGAUCAAUUAUUAGCUGAAAAAUCGGCUGUACAGCAUGGCCUACUCUAUUUUGAAUCCCUAUAUGGGCGCCCUAAUUCCAAAGACGAACGUGAUGUUGCGCGAGCCAUAUACGAUCGCUAUCGUCAAAUAAAACGUAUGGUUUCACGCAGUGUUAUGCUGUCGGGUUGCUCAAGUGGUGGCGUACAUGAGCUACCCACUAUAUUGGAGCAUGAAGCUAUGGUCUUUGAAUCAACAAUAUCUCAACAGUAUUCUUCAAACAACAGCACUGAAACAACUAACUCACCCAGCGAUUCGGCAGCACCAACUACAGCUGCCUCUUCCGACGACUCAACAACCACCACCACCUCUACCCAACAAACUGCAGCCGCAGACGCCAAUGAAAAUAUUGGUCAACUAAGCAUUGAUCAACUGUGGGAACAUUUGGAGAAGGCACGCGAAGACAAGAAGAUGCUUAAACGCACCAUACGAGAUUACGAGACAGUAUUUGAAGAGCAAAAUGGUCGUAAAAUGCUAAAAAAUGAUCGCCGUAACAUCGAAGAAACUUAUGCACAGUACAAAGAGAAGAAAGCCAAAACACGCCUACUACAGGCGCUAAUUAAAAAGCAACUCACUCAUUGAAAAUGCAUAAAAACAAUGAGUAGAAAGAAGUACAAUGUUAGACGAUGGCAUAUUGCUACUGUGUUUUCUCCAUUAAGCUUUUGUAUGUAUUUAUGAGUAUAAAUACUAAAGCUUUGGCAGUUUGUGUCUAUACGAAGAAAGGCUUUUUGUAAAAUACUUUUUGGCAUAAGCUCACACUGAUAGUCUAAAGUAUUAAAAGCGAAUAACUGCAACAUAAAGUUUUAUACCAGUUUGAAAGUUUUGCUGGAAAGCUUUUGAUUGUGAACUUUUAUUAAAAGUUUUAUGAAUGUGUUUUGUCUUCACUUCCUUGCACUGAACUGGAAAUUAUACAAUUAUUUUCUUGUUAAAAUUACACAAGAAC